AUGUUAUUGUAACCACUGGUUAGCUGCAUGUGAGCCAUCAUUUUUCCAUGGACUACCCGUGACUACAACAGCCAAGUGAAACUUAAAGCUACGAGCGACAGUAUUGGAAAAUAUUCCGACUUCCAGCUAGCUGCCUUGCAAAUAGAUUAUAAUUUAUGUUGAUAGAUCAUUGGUACUUAAGAUGGAAACAAAGAGUACUGCCUUUUCUGCGGCUAUUCCUGUUCCUGAAUUGCUUGACAAACAUAAUUAUCUGGAAUGGAAGAUUCGGGUGCAAACCUACUUGAAGGGUCAAGAUCUUUGGAAGGUCAUCAUCGACAAAGACGAAAAAGCACCUGCUUAUUAUGAAAAUGAUGAUGUCGAUGAUGAUGCUGCCGACGAUGAUGUUGCUGCUGCUGCUAUUAACGUUCGAAGAAGGAGGAAUUACAUGGCUUUGCAUGUGAUCCAGAUUUCAUGCGGCCCAGACGCAUUUUCCGCGAUUAGGACCGUUUAUUCAGCCAAGGCUGCUUGGCAAACUUUGGAAAAGAAGUAUCUCGUGCUGGAUACGAGCAGCAGUGACAAUAGCUAUCUUCAGUACGCGGACUUGUACAGGGCUGUGCGUCGCGGUAAUUUGAGUGCUGCAAAGGAGUUUCUUGAUUCUUUCCCCGGGGCAGUAAACAAGGCAAUCACAUAUAAAGGCGAAACGGCUCUUCACAUUGCUGCUACUGCUGGACGCGGCACCCGUAUAGUCAGGGAGUUGGUGGCUCCAAUGUCGGUAGAAGACUUGGGAAUUGCAGAUUGUGACGGUUACACAGCUCUAAUGACGGCUCUUGUGUAUGGUAGAUCCGAAAUGGCGCACUAUUUGUAUUUUCUCACUUCGCUGGAUGAUGAUCUGGUGCUUGCAGAAAAAGGCCGAAAAGGAGCUAUGCUUCUUACCCGUGCAAUAUAUACCAGAAAUUUGGGUAACAACUGAUUUUGGUUUUACCAUCCAAUAUGUAUAUAAGUACAUAUACAUAUAUACAUAUAUCUAUUUAUAUAUAUAAAGAGCCUAUAAAACGGUAAAUCUUGUUUUAA